GAUUUUAAAGAAAAUAUUAAUAAUUAUGAUUCUAAAAGCGAUGAUAUUGAUAAUGGAAUUUCUAAAAUAACUGAAACGACUGGAAGUAAAAAGUUAGAAUUGCACAUCGACAGUGAAAUCAU